GUCAUCCGUGUGUUCGAUUCGCCUCACGUGCUUACGUGGAGGAUUCGACAGGUUCAGGAUUUUCCCGGAAUUUUGACGAGUCAAAAUAAUCGUGAAUAGGAUUCGAUGAAUCAUCUCGCGUAACAAGUGAGAGUUCGUGUGAGUUCGGUUGUUGUGCCGCGUAAUGCUGUGGAUAUUGGACUCAUUGUCACGUACAAUAUGGGUGAUCACUCGCGAAAAAUUAAAAAUCCUCUCUUGACUGCUGGUCAAGGAUUCUCGUUCGAUGAUUUUGGAGGAAGCAAUUUACUGAUGCCUGUCACUCCAGCUGUUGUCAGUGAGCCGGUUCGUCAUGAGUUGCAUGAUAAUCUCCUUCAAGGUGAGCAGUCCACCUCAACACCGGCGGUUCUCCAGGCCCCGCUAGCCGAGCAAAAUAUUCCGCCCCCCAUAACCGAAAUCCCCUUACCCCCCCGUGCCGCAAAGUCUCCCCCCACCGAUUCCCACCACCGUUCCAGUUACUUCACCUCAAUCCUCUCAUCUCUUCCAAAUCUCUCGCUCACAUCGCUAACAGGACAACAGGCCCCACCACCCAGUGCCGCCCCGACCGAUUCAACAGAAGACAGGCUGUCUCUAAAUAACCCAUCAAACUUUCCACCGCAGGAGUACCAUCAUCCUCCACCACUUGAGAAUUUCAACGAUCAAUCUCGUCCACCAUCACUACAGCAACCAGCCCUCCCCCCACCCCCCGCCCUCGCCUGCCCACCCCAAGCAGUUGGUUCGGUAUCGUAUCGUCUUGGUAACCAGCGACGUCUUAAAUACGCCCCACCCCCGGAUUUAACAUCGAGCACAGCAAAAUCUUCGGCACCACCGUCUCUGGGCAUUCAAAAUCUCCCGAUUCCCCCGGGCCACACUGAAUUCUUCACCCCGGGAUUGGUAGCUCCCCGAGUUGAUGAGAAUCUCGUAUUUCCCCCAGCGGUGGCACAACCCCCUAGCAAUCCAUCAAUCUCGGCGAUAUCUGGACCCCAAGAAAUUCCAACAAGUAGUGCAUUGAGAGACCCCGUGACCCCCCACAAUACCCCAGCGAAUUACUUCAUAUCAGCCUCGACAUUCGACACGAAUUAUCAGCCCCAGCAGCCAUCACUCAGCGAUUUGUCUCAGUUUCCCCCGAUAAAUCCGCCAAAAGUACCUGUUAAUGAUACUUUACGGAGUGCAUCGGCAAUCACUGAAGAUCUGGCGGAGAUAGAUCUCUCGCAGAGAUCCUCGCCACGAGAUAUUUUUCAGCAAGAAACUGCUCUUGAGAGUCAAUCGCAGCCCCUGAAUGCUGAUUAUCCAGCAGUCGAGCCGGGGAAUCACUUAUUCACGAGCAAUUUUCCGCACGUUAACAGUGAGCCGAGCAUAAGUGCAUUCUUCGAUACGAAAAAUGUGGCAUCUGUAAAGACCAGCCAAUCAGCGCAGCCACUGUCCCAGAUAUCGUUUUACAAUCCUGUUGAGUUUGAAUUAAAUUCAAGUGUACAUAAUUUACCUCGUCAGUGUGAAAUUAACACGCAAAGUGCAAUUAGCGAUGGAUUCAUUUCAUCAACGGCUGGUAGUGCCAACUGGUCUACCCCUCGGGCAACUUUAAUAACGAGUGAAAUGCCCGAACCAACGGGUACAGCAACACUUAAUACCAUUCAAACAUCGAUAAAUCCAUCGAUUGGGCGUUGUCAGCAGAGCGAUACUAUUCCACCGAGUCUUCACAAUUUGGCAGCUGGUAGUGAUAAAAAAAUGGUGUACAGGCCAGUUUAUCAUCACUGGUUUUAUCGUAAAAAUAUUGAGAAUAAAGUACUGUGGAGUCCAUUUUCAAUGCAUGAUAGUUUGAGUUUAGAGGGGGUACAUAAUUCCAGUGAUAUCACACCGGAGACAACAGUUGCCACUGAUGGGGGUCGUUAUGAUGUUGAAAUACUGAAGCGUCAGAGAGUACCUGUUUACUGGUCUGGGGAGCCAACUGAGGUCAGGAGGGCCUCGUGGUUUUACAAGGGCCCGGGGGAAUCCAGGUACACACCCUAUGAGGAGAGCACUGCUGCUAGACUCGAGGAGGAGUACAAACAGGCCUGCAACAAUGAUCAUUGGAAUAGAAGGGUGGAACUCAAUAAUGGAGAGUACAUUAUUUUUCACAGUGCUAGCAUACAAAUUCAUUAUCUGCAGGCUAGCUCACCUGAGCUCGUCGCGUCGUGGGGCACCAGCGCUGAUUCAGAGAGCGAUACGUAUUUACAGGGUACCUCGAGUCGUCCAAAAGUAGUAAAACGUGGAGUAGAUGAAUUUCACAUCGAGGAAGGUGAACCCGAAAAAAUAGAUCACCUCCUGUUUCUCGUCCACGGGGUUGGCAGCGUCUGUGACCUGAAAUUCCGAAGUGUCGAGGAAGUCGUUGACGAGUUUCGAAGUAUAUCCCUGCAGCUCAUCCAAUCACACUAUCGAACAGCCAGUACUCAUGGGAUUGUAAAUAGGAUUGAAGUACUGCCGAUAUCGUGGCACGCAACAUUGCACUCUGAGGACACUGGGAUCGAUAAGAAAUUAAAAGCCAUAACAUUGGAGAGCAUACCGAAAUUGCGACACUUCACUAAUGACACAUUACUGGACGUUCUCUUCUACACAAGCCCAGUUUUUUGUCAAACAAUAAUGCAGACUGUUGGUAAUGAGAUGAACAGGCUGAACGCACUAUUCCGAGAGAGAAAUCCAGAUUUCACAGGGAAUGUUUGUGUGGGGGGUCACUCACUGGGUAGUUUGAUACUCUUCGAUCUGCUCUGCCAUCAGAAGGCACCAGCAGACGAGAGCAAACCCGAUCCUGAUGCAACAAUCAACGAGGAGGACGAGAACUCUGACGAGGAGAGAGAUAAUGCCCUCAAUUCAUCCCUGAAACCCAUGCCCAGAUCGAUACUCAAACGUCGCCUGAGCAGAAAAAUAAGUUAUGUCAUGGGUGCUGCAGGCACUGGCCAGCCAUUCAUCGUCUAUCCACAUCUCAAUUUCUUCCCCAAGGCGUUCUUCGCCCUUGGCAGUCCAAUUGGAAUGUUUGUCACUGUACGUGGUAUCGAUAAGCUCGGUGAAAACUUCAAACUACCCACUUGUCCUGCUUUCUUCAAUAUCUUUCAUCCAUUCGAUCCAGUUGCAUACAGGAUGGAAGCACUCAUCAAUCCUGAGGCUUGCAAGUACAGACCGAUGCUCAUUCCUCAUCAUAAAGGAAGGAAACGAAUGCAUUUAGAAUUGAAGGAAACAAUGGCAAGAGUGGGCGCUGAUCUGAAGCAGAAGCUCUUAGACUCAGUCAGAAGCACCUGGAAUUCAGUUUACCAACUGGCAAUGUUCCAUCGUCAGGACAAUCACGCACUUGAGCAAGAAAUCGAUAAAGUUGUUGAGGAGCAGAUGCAAAAGUCAACUAGUAACAAUCAUAAUAUCGAUAAUGAACAAGAUGAUGACAGGGAGAACGAGAGAGGGGUUAAUUUGAAAGUUGGACAACUCAAUGGGGGCAGACGUAUCGAUUACGUUCUCCAGGAGGCGCCGUUUGAGUACAUAAACGAGUACAUUUUCGCUAUGACUAGCCAUGUGGGUUACUGGGAAUCGGAGGAUACGAUGCUACUGAUACUGAAGGAGAUAUAUGGCGCCAAUGGAAUACAGGCUGAUGCACAAUUGCCUCCGCAAACUAUGACUAUUGAACGCCCUUCGCCUAAUAAUUCGAGUUUUUCUAGUCCCGGACCUUCGGGGCCUGCUGAAGGGUUCAGUUUUCCAAAUGCUGGGGGAGGAAAUGCAGCAAUGGGGGUUGAUCCUACAGCACCCAUAAGCAAUAGACCUGUGGGACCACCUCCCAUGUCUGGAUUCAUACGAAAAUGAUAAUGUGAUACUAAUGUUACUAACUUUUGAGAACAACGAAUCGAUUGACCACACGAAUAGGGGCAAGUGGAACAAAAAGAGUACUUUUGACUUCUUUUAAAAUCUUACAUUAAUGACUCAUUGAAUUUUCUAUAAAAUAGGAUAAUUUUUGUUCCUGUGUGAAAUACAAUUCUUUCUUUUUGUUUUGCGCCUAGGCUGAGUUCAAUUAAUGAGAUUGUUUCUUGGGCAUAAACAUUGAAAGAAAAGUUAAGAGUCCAUUUUGCCCCAGCCUCGCCUACUCACACAUUCGCGAUGAUUAUUUCUCGUAAAUACUUAUACAAAAGGUGAUGCUGAUCUUUCUGUGGGGAGGCCGUGGAGUCUGAAGAGAGAAGAAUAUUUUUGUUUAUUGGAGAAUGUCAGAGAUCUUUUUUGUAGCUAAUUAAGAUUUGAAUAAAAAAGCUCUUGACAUUUUUUCGAUAAUUUGUAGUGGAGGGGGAACAGUAAUGAGUUGAAUUCUAUAUUUUUGUCAAUUGUACAUUUACGGAUAUUGGAAACGAGUGGUUUCCGGAGAAUAUGCUGGGAGAUCUUUUUUGUCUGAAGAAUUUUAGAUUGAAAAUUCUCUCGACAAUUCUGUCUUCAAUUACUCGGUGUCAGGAUAAUUUCGGGGGUGAUAGAAUGUGAUAUGGGCGAGAUUAAUUGACCCUUCGUUAUUCAGGCGAUUUCUGGAGAAUUUUUCUAAUGUCGUUUUCUUAUAUAAAAGGAGACUUUAUAAACUAGGAGAAGAUGGGAGUGAAUGGGUGAAGGUUUGAAAAAUUCAGUCGUGAAGCGGUAAAACGAUUCAAAUCGACUUAGCUUUUUGCUGAAUUUUCGAGGAAUAUCUCCGAAUCUAAGGGAGGUAGAGAAAUUGGUGAAAUGAUUGGAAAAAGGCUUGGGGUCUGCUGCGCACCCCAUGUGAGUAACGAAGAACGAAAAAUGACUAAAUGAUUGAGAGUUAAAUCCGUUAUUUUCGUUCAUUUGCGUAAAAAAUGAGUGGUUUUGUGAGAAACGUUGAGAUUUAUUUUACACCUGAAGAUUCUCAUGGAACAGCCCCCACAUUUUCCUCCGUAAUCGCUCAAUAAUAUGAUCAUCUCAUGUCUCAUAAAAUAUGAAAAAAGAGCGAUUAUUCUUCGUCAUCUGUUGGCUUUUGGAGAAUUUUUCCAAAGUCAAUUUUUCAACAGAAAAUUGGACUGAAGACGAGAGAAAGAUGUGACUGAGUGGUUGAAGGUUCGAAAAAUAAUAUUGAUCUAAAAAUGUUUCAUUUCAAAUAAUGACAAGUGGUUGAAAAAAAUUAUGGAAAAAAGCCCUGGGGUGUGCUAAAUACUCUUCGUUUGUGACGAAGAAUUAAAAACCACUAAAUAGCAACGAGUAAAAUCUGCUAUUAGAUUUCCUCACACGUCAGCUUGUAAAUUGAAAAUUUACAGACUACGGGAAUAUGACCUAUGCUCAUUAUAAACGGUAAAAAUUGUUUUUAUUUUUAAAAAAGUUUAGAAAAAAAUUUCCCAUUUCAUUAAUAAUUCAGUGAGUUAUCAAUAUUUUUUUUAAAGUUGAAAGUGCCCAUAUUACCCCCCCGUCCCCCAACUCGUGGUAAAUUAUGUGUUUGACGAGUGGGAAUACAAUCCUCGUCUUUAGUUCGAGCAGUAUACCUCAUGCUCGUCAAAAACAUAAUUUACCAAAUCGUUGGAUAAAAUACUAUUUCAAUUGUCGAAAAUGCAUGGCUGAGAGUUUUCUAGAAAAGCCCCCGAAAUUUUCCUCUGGAAUCACUGGAUAAUACGAUCAUUUUAUAUUCGAUAAAAUGUGAAAUAAGCGCGAUCCCUCUUUCAUCUGUUGGAUUUAGGUGAAUUUUUCCAAAGUCGCUUUUCCGAAAAUAAUAUGCCUCCAAAGAUUUUCGUUUCAAUAAAUGAGAAAGUGGUUCACAAAAAUAAUGGAAAAAAAAUCCUGGGGUGUGUUGUACACCCUUCAUUCCUGACGAAGAAUCAAAAAAGACUAAACAGCAAUGAGUGAAAUCUGCUGUUAUAUUUUUCAAUUCACCGGUGAAGCGGUAAAGCGAUUUAGCUGUUAGCUGAGUUUUCGAAGAAUAUCUCCGAAUCUAAGGGAGAUAACGAAAUUUUCGUAAUGACAUUUUAUGUAGGUC